AUGUUUGUUCACCAGUAUGAGUUAGCUAUAAGUGCUAAGCAUGAGAAAGAGUUAGAAGCAGAAUACAGGUCAAAGGGCUUUCAAAUUGUGUGUGAGUUAAUGUUCAAGAGGGAAGAGCAGGCAAUUCAGUGUUAUACGCGUAUAGUGUAUGAAUUUUUCAAGACACAGCUAAGGAAAUUGUAUCAUUGUGAAGUUAGCAGCCCCGACGAUCAUCAAGUUGUCCCCGGUGUUGAGAAAAUCCUAUACACUGUUGAAUAUAUGCCUAUCAACGAUUAUUUUAGUUGUAGCUGCAAAUGGUUCGAGUCUAGAGGGAUACUUUGUCGCCAUAUACUCAAGAUCUUGUCGCACAAGAAGAUUGAUAAGAUUGAUGAAAUGUAUAUACUGACAAGGUGGAGAAGCGAUGUUAUUAGGCCACACUUGAAUCGGUUCCAUCAAGUUGGUUACCCAAACAUGACUCCUGAGUACAAGACAUACAUGAGCAUGUUGAAGUAUUUUGACAUGGCUUGUGAUAUAGCACUGGGCACUAGCGUGAAGGUUCAAUAUGCUAAGCAUAAUUUGAAGAAGAUGGUACAUGAUCUUUAA